GGAGGUGGACCGAAUUACUGUACUCUUCCCCCAUGUGCGCUGCCCGCGGCCAUGGCGCCGGACGGUUGGCCCACCGGACGUCCCAGCCACUGGUGCAGCGAGGGGCGGCCGCCCGUGCGCGUGGAGCUACGCCCCUGGUGCGAAGAAGGCAUGGCCAUUUGCUCCUACUUCUACGAAGCGAUGCCCGAGGGCAUCCAGGUCGAGCGCGUGGAACGCUGGGAGAACCAGGCGAACUACAUGCCCUUCGCCGCCUAUCGCCAGGCAGUUCGUGUGGGCCUAGGGCCGGCGGAGGAGGUGGAGCUGUGGCUUUUCCACGGGACCGAUGCGGUGGACGCCGUCCUGGAGAACGGCUUCCGCAUCAGCCACGCUCAGCUCGACAGCCGACACAACCGCUACGGUGUAGGCGUUUACUUUGCGCGCGACCCGCGCUUGGCGCACCACUUCGCGCAGAUGAGCAAAUCUGGUAAGCAGACAGAGAUCUGUCAGGUGAUCCUGGCCCGUGUGGUGGUGGGCCGCUGCGCCCUGAAAGCGCCGUUGAAAGAUCAACGGCAACUGCUUCGGCCCGAGCACCGGGAACCACCCACAGGCUUCCACUCCUGCACCAGCAACUCCGCCCCCGGCCGCGAAGUGGUGGUCUUCCCCGGCAGCCCCGGCACGCCGGCCUACCCGGCCUACGUCAUCACUUAUCGCAUGCCGCGCGACUCCACGCGCAGCACCAGCUUGGGCAACCCCUACCGCGAGCAGCUUCUGCGCGUGGACUUUGAGGAUCGCGCCAGUUCACAGGCCUUUCACCGCUAUCAGCACCACUGGCGUGCGACCCUUCCACGCGAGCUCCGCGCUGAACGCGCUGAACGCGCCGACGGAUCGGCGGUCCGGAAGGCUGGUCAGGUGCCACAGCCCCUCUCGCGGAGAAACAGCUGCGAAGAACGAAGGCCCGCGACACAGCGUCUCGCGUCCAAGCGUCCCAGCUCCGCGCCCAGGAUGUCACGGCGCCCGGGCGCGGAGCGGCCGGCGGAGCCGGAGCCGUUGGAGGAGCCGGUCCCCUCAAUUGCAGCGCCGGAGACACAGGAGGCCCCAAAGGAGGUGCCAGUGAAAACCCUUUGGAUCUUCGACGAGGAGAAGUCACAGAAAGGUGUGGAGGUGGAAGUUCCAUUGAGCUGUCAGGCCCGAAGGAGAUCUGCCUUCGCAGCUGCCUGGCGCGAGGCAGCCUGGCACCCAGCGCCUCCAUUGCCACUGGCGGCGGCGAAGCUGGCCGCCGCCCAAGUGCCAGACAUGAGCGCCGUGAUGGCCUUGGGAGGUGCUGAUGCCACAGGCUGCUCGCUGGAUGCGGUCCAUGUGAUUGACAAAGGCUCCUUCACCUGGACCGCCCUGCCGCCCUUGUCCACACCACGUCAAGCGCUGGCGUCCGCAGCCACUGGUGGCCAUGUCUAUGCGCUGGGGGGAUCCUGGAGCGCUACACGGAGCAGUGUAGUGGCGACGGUGGAGAUGUUUGAUGUGGGAACUGAGCAGUGGGUGGAUGUGGCGCCUUUCCAGGUGCCGCGCGCGUACCAUGCCGCGGCGGCGCACGAGGGGCGGAUCUACGUGGUGGGUGGCCUCAACACCGAGGGUCGACGCCUCAAGAGUGUGGAAUGCAUGGACCCACGCGAAGGUAUUUGGCGCCCGGCACCCAGCCUCUUGAGCCCCCGCAGUGCUUUGGCCACUGCUGUGCUGGACGGGCUCUAUGCCCUAGGCGGUGCCGAGGCCAACACCGGCGCGGCCUCCGCGCGGGUGGAGCAUUUGAACGUGCGCAUGGGCUCCUGGAUGUCCGUCUCACCCAUGCCCACGGCUCGACAAGGCCUCGCGGCCAGCGCCUUGGGCGGCCGCCAUGGGGUGCUCUUGGCCAUCGGCGGGCGCCGAGGUGACCCGGAGCACGGAGGAUUGGCCCGGAGCACUGAAGAAGGUGGAUCGGAGCAGGUGCCGCCUUGAGUGCGGUCGAGCGCUAUUGGCCCCAUAGUGCCGCCGCUCCGUGGGCUACGGACUGCGCGCCGCUGCCCUUCCCGUCGCGCAGCGCGCUGGCGGCCGCCGCGCUGGACGAGCAGACUCUGUUGGUGCUGGGCGGCCAAGCGGACCGCGGCAGCACAGCACCCAGCCCGCUCAGCGUGGUCGAGCGCUACGAGCUCCACGCAUAGCACAAGAACAGCAUGCCACUGCUUGGGAGCGGCGUUCACUGCGGUGGCGACCAGGGUCGCCCUGAAACCUUGGCGGUCCUCCCGGGGCAAUCAAAGCAUUGCCCUGAAAGCUACCGGAGUCAUACGGACCCUCCGUGCAAGCGGUGGUCCGCGUCGAACACCGUGGAGCGCGUCGAACGAUGCGGAUGUGAGAUGGAGAUGAUGUGGAUUGGGAGGAACGUUUCUGUGAGGUGGUUUGUUCAGUAGAAUUUCACCAUAGAGGA